AUGGCACCCCUCAAAGCUCUGGAGCUAGAGUACCCAAUAAUCGACUCCAAUUUCCAGGCUUUUUGUGCCUCACAUGGCAUCCUCUCAGUGGAAGAUUUCCUCAUUCAUGACAUGUAUGAGUUGACUGCGUUCGCAAAACAACAGCCCAACUCUGAAAAACUCAAGCAGAGCAUUACCCAGAUUCUCUCUAUUAUUGAUGCUCAGCACCCACCAUGGGUGAAUGGUAUGGAGCUUUUAGAUGAUGCUCUACAUAGGAAACAUGUACUUCCAACUGGGUGUGAAGGGAUUGAUUUGUUAUUGGGAGGUGGAUUACGUGAGGGACAAUUAACUGAACUCGUUGGGCCGUCAUCUUCUGGUAAAACACAAGUCUGCCUGCUUGCUGCUUCAAAUCUUGCAUCGCAGCACAUGGGUACUGUUGUAUACCUAGACACAGGAAACUCUUUCUCCACCCAACGAAUUGCAGAGUUUGUUGGUCGAUUCUCCAACCACACGUUUAGUCAGGCAGGCCAAAGGAAUUUUCAGAAAGCAAUGAACAACAUCUUGUGCCAUUCCGUGUUUGACAUCUUUACAAUGUUCAAUGUGUUACAUCGGCUGGAGUUCAGUUUGAAAUCUCAGAAAGGAGGGCAGGUGCAGUUGCUUAUUGUUGAUUCGAUUUCUUCACUAAUUACGCCAAUUCUUGGGAACACAAGUUCACAGGGACGUGCUUUGAUGACAUCUGCUGGAUAUUUGUUAAAGAAAUUGGCACAUGAGCAUAAUAUUGCGGUACUGGUGACCAAUCACACAGUAGGUGGAGAAAAAGGUAUUGCAAAACCAGCUCUUGGCCAGACCUGGAAGAGCGUAGCACAUGUGAGGCUUCUGCUUUCCGCUGACCAUGGAAAUGAUACCCGGAGUAUUUCAGUGCUAAAACACCCGUCUAUGGCUUCUGGCAAGGUUGCGAGAUUUAGAGUGUAGGGGGAAAUCGGAAUAGCAUAUUUGAUCAUAUAGUACUUGGCACAAUGAAAAUAUUAGGAAGAGUAAAUUGAUGAUAAUUCAAGCUGUUGUUUAUGAGGAUACUGGAGAUUCUUAGCAUGGAUUAACUAGGAACUGGCCUUG